UCCGUCGACAGAGGGAGCCACCUGACCUGAUCCACAGGCGCGCCGCGGCCAAGCCGCCCGGAUGUGUGGUUCUCCCGGCGCCCCUCGAUUCCCUCGUCCCCACCCACUGCUGCUGCUCUCCUCUCCCCGUCGACGACAACGCCAGCCUCUCCACUUCUCCUCCGCUCACUCUCAAGAGUCUUAAACCCUCACUCCUCUCCUUCCACCACCUCCGGAGCUCCACACGCUAUCUCUGUCAGGCAUGGCGCCUUCCGCGACCUGCCCUCUCCACUCCAUGGCAUCCGUCUCCCGCGCUCUCCGCCCGCGGCCGCGCCUCGCCGCUCCUCGUCUCGGAUGCGGACUGAGAGUUGGGUGCUCUGUGCCGGCAUAUGGAAGUGCUGCCACGGAGAAGACCGAGUGGGGAUUGGCCAUUGCGCCCGCACCGUCGACCACUCUUGUUCCGGUUGUCAGGAGCCGUCAAAUUUUCUGCAAGGCAGAAGCUAACAUUUCUAGUAACCUGCCAGCGAGCGGGCCUACUGGAGCAAGCCAGUACGAGAAAAUAGUUGAGCUACUCACCACUCUUUUCCCUGUCUGGGUCAUAUUAGGUACAGUUAUUGGCAUCUACAAGCCGUCAAUGGUCACCUGGUUGGAGACUGAUCUUUUUACUCUGGGCCUAGGAUUCCUAAUGCUGUCAAUGGGACUAACAUUGACAUUUGAAGAUUUCAGGAGAUGUUUAAGGAAUCCAUGGACAGUUGGUGUGGGAUUUCUUGCGCAAUAUUUGAUCAAACCUAUGCUAGGAUAUGCUAUCGCAUUGACAUUGAAGUUAUCUGCUCCUCUUGCAACUGGUCUUAUUUUGGUCUCAUGUUGUCCUGGUGGUCAAGCAUCAAAUGUUGCAACUUACAUAUCCAAAGGAAAUGUGGCACUUUCAGUUCUUAUGACCACUUGCUCGACUAUUGGUGCUAUAGCGAUGACACCACUCCUUACUAAACUCCUUGCUGGUCAAUUAGUCCCUGUUGAUGCUGCAGGCUUGGCCAUCAGUACUUUUCAGGUUGUUUUAGUACCGACUAUCGUUGGAGUAUUGGCACAUGAGUAUUUUCCCAAGUUUACCGAGCGGAUUAUCUCCAUAACACCACUGAUAGGGGUCAUCCUCACCACCUUGCUUUGUGCUAGCCCUAUUGGGCAAGUUGCAGAAGUGUUGAAAACUCAAGGUGCUCAACUUAUUCUCCCUGUUGCUCUGCUGCAUGCUGUUGCAUUCGCUCUUGGCUAUUGGAUGUCGAAAUGGUCUUCUUUUGGGGAAUCAACUUCUAGAACCAUCUCAAUUGAGUGUGGAAUGCAGAGUUCUGCACUUGGAUUUUUACUUGCCCAAAAGCACUUCACAAACCCUCUUGUUGCUGUUCCUUCUGCUGUCAGUGUUGUGUGCAUGGCGCUCGGAGGCAGUGCUCUCGCAGUUUUCUGGAGAAACAGAGGCCUUCCAGCAGAUGACAAGGACGAUUUCAAGGAAUGAAUGAAGCAAAAAUGAUGCUAUGCCCCAGCUUCUAGUCGUUACCUUGUUUUAGUUGAGCGUCAGAGCAUUUUUCAUGUCCCCAUAUUUUAGGUGUGGAAAACAGGAUAAGGGCGUUUGUUUACUUUAGAUAAUUGAUUAUUGGUUGGAGGACCCUUGUUAAUGAUUUAGGUACGGGUUGCACUUAAGUUUGCCGUGUAAUGUAUUUUUCAUCUUCUAAAUAAGCUGCUGCUUCUGGACAAAGCGGUAAUUCGUUUAUAUAUAGGGUGCUGUGUAGUAUGUCA